AUGGCUUCCAUCAACUUCAACCCCUUCGGGGGAAACUGGUUCUCCAAACCUCCCAACCCUCUCUCUAUCCCCUCUCUCCCCAACAACUCUCUCAACCUCCCAGACGCACCCUCCCUCCACCCCAACUUCGCCGCUAUCACCCUCCCCAACCCCUUCCGCCGCAAGCGCAAGGAAAAGCCCAAGGACCCCGCCGAGCCCGACCCUUACGAGCAGCUGGCCCGGCAGGUCCUAUGGGAGGCUCAGACCCUUCCGGACCACCGCCACACCCCAGAAGUCGACAAAAUCCUCGCCGACAACGAUGACGAUUCUAUCUUCGAGAGACGCGAGAAUGCGACAGAGGAGGAGAUUCGGGAGAACGAGGAGCUCGUGGAGACCCUGCGCAGCAGCCCGGUGGUGCAGUUCCUGGCGCGCGCCGAGGAGAUUCUCGACAAGAUGAACGAGAUGGAGUUGAAGGAGAACGAGAAACCCUACCACAGGGAGGAUUGGGAUUUGUGGAAGCAGUUGCCGCAUGUUAUUGGACCCGACGGACGUCCCAUGCCCCGCAAGGCCCAGACGACCCAGGAGGAGGCCGACGACAAGUUUUGGGACUUCGCCAGGCAGUUCUUUUUCGGGCUCUGGAACUUCAGACAGCGGCCCUACCCUCCCGAGAAGCCCAUCGAUGCGGCCCAGUCCAUUGGGUAUAAGAACCUCGAGAGGCGCUACUAUGACUUUAUCAUGAGGAGUGGUGGAUGGUACUAUAAGGAUCGGCUGGGUCGCACCCGAGGACCUUUAGAGUUGAUUACUCUUAAAAGUGCAUGGAGUGCUGGGAUUAUUGAUAAGAACACGUUCAUUUGGGGAGAGGAUAUGGAUGAAUGGGCACCCAUUCACAUGAUUUAUGGAAUGGAGCGUGCAAUUGCCACUUGGGAAGUUAGACUUGCUGCAUCAGCAACAGCAUUGAUUCACAAACUACAAAAAGGUAUACCACCGUGGGUUCCUUUGAAGGGAUUUGAAAAGAAGUCAUAUAAGCAACUUCAAGAAGAGGCAAUAGAAAGCAAGAGACGUGAUUUAGCAGUAUUGGAAGCUAAUGAUGGUAUUUGGCCUGGAGUUAAAAUUCCAAGUUAUGCCCUAUUUCUUUGGGCUAGUGGCUCUGAACUGACCACUAUAUUGGAACAGGAUCACAUGCCCAACAAAUACAUUCCCAGACAUGUUAGAAAGAGGUUGGCUGAAAUUAUUCCAGGGUUGAGGCCAUGGGAAGUUCUGAGCAUAGAACAAGCAAUGGAUCAAAUAACAUUUAACGGAGAAUGGUUCCGUGAGCCUCUUGGUUCCUACACCACUGGUCCCCCCUACCUCCAGCACUGGAAUGAAGAUGUUAUGGAGUUGUACAAGAUAUUUGAAGAUCUUAACACUGAGCUGUUCGAAUAUAUGGAGCAUUCAAUUGCUGGCUUUGAUAAAAUCAUGGAGAAGGUGAGGGAUGAUUUUAUAGCGAGAACUGAUAAACUGUUGGAGGAGAAAGACAAAGAGAAGAGAGAAGAACGCAAGAAAGCUGGGUUACCCGAGUAUUUGUGGCCUGAAAAACCGAAUAAACCUAACCAACUUAUUCUCACAGGAGCUGAAGCCACCAUCAUGGCUAGAGGGCUGAAGAAACACUUGAAGAGGCUCAAUGCUCCAAAGCAUUGGAUGCUUGACAAGCUUGGUGGUGCCUUUGCACCCAAGCCAUCAUCUGGACCCCACAAGUCAAGGGAGUGUCUGCCUUUGAUUCUCAUCUUGAGGAACAGACUAAAAUAUGCCCUGACAUAUAGAGAAGUUAUUGCUAUCUUGAUGCAGCGCCAUGUUCUUGUUGAUGGCAAGGUUAGGACAGACAAGACAUAUCCUACUGGUUUCAUGGAUGUUGUUUCUAUUCCCAAAACAAACGAAAGUUUCCGUCUUCUGUAUGACACAAAGGGUCGCUUCCGUCUCCACUCCGUGAGGGAUGAGGAGUCAAAGUUUAAGCUCUGUAAGGUUCGGUCUGUUCAAUUUGGGCAAAAGGGCAUACCCUAUUUGAACACAUACGACGGUCGCACCAUCCGCUAUCCUGACCCACUAAUCAAGGCUAAUGACACCAUCAAACUAGACCUGGAAAACAACAAGAUCGCUGAUUUCAUCAAAUUUGAUGUGGGGAAUGUGGUCAUGGUUACCGGUGGAAGGAACAGAGGCCGGGUCGGCGUCAUCAAGAGCAGGGAAAAGCACAAGGGAAGCUUUGAGACCAUCCAUGUUCAGGAUGCAACUGGUCAUGAAUUUGCAACUCGCAUGGGUAAUGUCUUCAUUAUUGGCAGAGGGACUAAGCCUUGGGUUUCUCUUCCCAAAGGGCGUGGAAUCAAGUUGUCUAUUAUUGAGGAGGCUAGAAAGAGGCUUGCUACUCAACAUGAAACUGUUGCCUAA